UAAAAAUGAUUUUUAGCCUUUGAUUUUAGAUAGCUAUAAAAAUAAAUAUAUUAUAUUAUAAAAUUGAAGAUACCAACCUUUUCAACAACAAUGGAUGAACAAUUAAACGAAACUGAGAAAUUAUUAGAUAAAGCUGAUCUAAAAUAUAUGCUAGAGUUUGAAACUAAAAUAUUCCUAGACUGUAUUCAUAAUGAUGGAUUAAUAGUAGCAUCUAAAGGAAUUAAUUUGAAUUUAGUGAUACUAAAUCUAUUGAAAGUAUACUGUGAUGAAGGAAAUUUAGUUUUAGUCUUAAAGAGUACUGAGGCAGAGGAAAAGUAUUAUAGAGAGAAAUUAAAAGAUCCACAUGUCUACAAUAGCACACCUCUGACGAAAGACAGAGAAGAUAAUUAUUUGUCUGGAGGUAUACACUUUGUGACUAGUCGAGUAUUAGUUGUUGAUAUGUUAAAGAAAAGAAUACCAAUAGAAAAAAUAACUGGAAUUAUCGUUUUAAAGGCUCAUUCAAUAUUGGAGAGUUGUCAAGAAGCCUUUGCUCUAAGAUUGUAUCGUCAAAAUAAUAAAACUGGUUUCAUCAAAGGCUUCACAAAUAAUGUUCACAGUUUUACAGUUGGUUAUGGGCAUGUGGAUAGAGUAAUGAGAGCUUUGUUUGUUAAAGAGUUGUAUAUUUGGCCCAGAUUCCAUUCCACAAUAGUACGAAGUCUGAAAGCUCGUCAGCCAAGUGUAAUAGAACUACAUAUUCCUAUAAGUGAAAAGAUGAAGAGAAUGCAGACACAUAUUCUGGAUCUAAUGAAUUUAACUGUAAAGGAACUGAAACGUCUUAAUCAAACUAUAGAAUUACAGGAAAUAACAGUAGAGAAUUGUUUAACUAAAAAAUUUCACAAGAUACUUCAAGCUCAAUUAGAUGUUAUUUGGCACCAGUUAAGUAAAAAUAGUUUACAAUUAGUAGCUGAUCUAAAAACGUUAAGACAUUUAAUGAUUACAAUGUUUCAUUCCGAUCCAGUGUCUUAUUAUUCAUCAGUGAUGGGAUAUCGUUCAAAAGAGUACGCACAGCAGGCAACUUGGGUUCUUCUGGAACCUGCAGAACUUUUAUUUUCCCAAGUUAGUUCCUUUAUUUUUAAUGAAAAAAAAGAGUUUCACCCGGAUUUAUGUCCUAAAUGGAAGCCUCUAUUGGAGAUACUUCAGGUUGAGAUACCUGCGGAAAUGAAAAAAAGCAACCUUAAGGAUAGUACUAUAUUGAUCUUGUCUAGCGAUUACAGAAGCUGUCACCAAUUAAAAGAACUGCUAACAAAAGGUCCACAUUUAUAUUUAUUCCUACGAUCAUGUGGAAGUAAAUUACCGAUCAAAAAAAUAAGUGAUGCUUUUCGAGUAAAUGACAAAAUUCCUGCUGAAGUAGUUAUUCCUGAAGAAAAACCCGAUAAGCAAAAUUUGAAGAACAAGAAAUUGAAACUGGAUUCUAAAUCAACAAGUUCCGAAAGUGAUCCCAAAGACAACACUGAAGAUGAUAAGGACCAGGAAGAGAUUGAAGAUUUUCAGAACAGUUAUAUUCUUACUAUGAGCCAAACUAUUUGCGAAAAUAAACACGAAACUACCAGUAGUAGUACGGAUGAAAGUACUUUCGUUUUUGAACCUUUCUCACAGAUGGAAAACAUGGACCUUACUCAAAUAUGCGAAACAGUACACGAGCCAAAAAUUCUCAUACAAACUUUCAAAGGAUCCAACGAAUUUACUAAUUUGCAGAAUACAUUGGAGAGCGUUAAACCACAAUUUAUAGUCAUGUAUCAUUGUAGUAUGACAGCUGUAAGAGAAAUUGAGAUGUAUGAAUCGCACAAGACAGAUGAAGAACCCGUUAAAGUAUAUUUCUUACUACAUGCCGAUACUGUUGAAGAACAGAGUUAUUUAACUACGCUUAGGAGGGAGAAAGAAGCCUUUGAGUACCUCAUAGAGGCUAAAUCAAAAAUGGUGAUACCUGCCGAUCAAGAUGGAAAAUCAGAUGAUAAUAUCACCCUGCAGAGAGGUGUAAUAAGUCCGGAAAAGAAUACUCGAGAAGGAGGCAAAGAACAGACACCAAAGAAACAAGUUGUAAUAGUUGAUAUGAGAGAAUUUCGUAGUGAAUUACCAACUCUUAUACAUAAAAGAGGUAUGGAUAUCGAACCUCUUACCAUUUCAAUUGGAGAUUAUGUACUGACACCUGACAUUUGUGUGGAAAGAAAAAGUAUUUCGGAUCUUAUAGGAUCUUUAAACUCUGGGAGAUUAUAUCAACAGUGUACCAAUAUGUCUCGAUUUUAUUCAAAACCUAUGUUGCUGAUUGAAUUUGACCAGAACAAGCAAUUCGGGUGGCGGUCCAAUUAUAUGAUAUCUAGCGACAGCAAUAACUUUGACAUCCAACAGAAGCUACUUUUACUUACUUUACACUUUCCAAAGUUGAAGAUUAUUUGGAGUCCAAGUCCAUAUGCUACAGCGCAGCUAUUUGAAGAACUGAAGUUGGAUAAGGAGGAUCCGAAUAUUGCGUAUGCCGCAGCUCUAGGAGGAGAACAAGAUCUCGAUACAAUUCAAUCAAAGUACAAUUCAAAUAUUUAUGAUUUUGUCCAGAAACUGCCAGGAAUCACUUCCAAAAAUAUCGAUGCAUUUUUAAGGAAAGGUAUCAGUAUGGACGAAGUUACCAAAAAGUCUGAGGAGGAAUUGAAAGAAAUUCUUGGAAGUUCUGCAGAUGCGCAAUCACUUUAUUCUAUUAUUCACGGCGAACACAAACCUAAACCAGAAGAGGACAAGAAAAAAGAAAGACCGAAAACUAGAUUUAAAAGCUUUAAAAAGAAGCAAGCAUGAAUGUCUUUAGUCUGUAAUUGUAAACAUUGCUGUGUAAUAUACAUUUUUU